CAAAGAUCGAUGCAACUGGCACUGCAGGUUGAAUUGAUUUGGGUUCAGCUUCUUCGCAAGGUGCCGUGCGUAAACAAAGAUGUCCGGCAACAGUGGCAUCGUCGGCCAAGAGGCCUUCCUAACCGAGUUCCAGUAUCACCCGGGCAUCCACCCGAAAGGCACCCCCGCGAGUAUGGCCGGUGCGCGGGUGAAACUCCCCUGGAACGAAGCCGUCGUGCAGGAGUGCAAGGGGUGGGGCAAGGUGAUUCUCGGCCAUCGACCGCACCACACCAGGCCGCACCUGCUAGAGAAGGUCGGGCGGCUGGGAAAAGUGGAUAACUCUGCGACCGCUUCUACGGAUGGCGGCAUUGGUGCGCCGUUGGACAAGAGACGUAACUCAACAUCUGAGGGGGCAAGAACGGAAGGUGGCACCACUAGCCCGAGUGCAGAAAUGCUUGAGAAAAUUGGCGUAGUGCUUCAGCCUUUGCCACCAUCGCUGGAACCUGAAGACAGUGACGUCGGAGAAGGAAGAGGAGGAGGAGCGCAACAGCCCCCCGCUGCACUCACACAAGUUGUUGAAGAAAAGCUGCAAGGCGUCUUCACGGGCUCGUCCACGCAGCAUCUUCACAAGUCUUCGUCUUCGAAAACAAGUCCAUUAGCCGCUUCUGCUAACACUAGACCUAGAGCAGCCUCUGCAGUGCGUUCCGCGCCGCCCAACGGGAGUGCAUUAAAAGUAAAAGCUGUAGAAGAUGACCCAGACAGCACGACGAACCCGUUUUCCGCCCCCAAAGAGCUAAACGACACUCUGGGCGGCUUAAUCCACGCCCGGUCCGUGUUCCAGCGGCGCGUCGCCCGCACUAAUGUCGGCGUGAACUCGGUGACAAGUAAGAAGGUGGUGAAAAUCGGGCCGGGCGUUUUGUACGUUGGGGACGUAGAUUUCAAGAAGCGCCCGCACGGCGAGGGGACGCUGCUGAUUGUGAACCAAGGGCAACGAGCGGCAGCUGUUUCUGCUGAUAAGAAAACACCUCCUGCAGUGGAUGUUGCAACGGAAGAUGGCAAUAACUACUGUCCGCCCCACGGUAUUAAAGGUAUUCGAGUUUCCUACCAGCAGCACGUGGGUCGGUUCGCAGAAGGGCGGGCCCACGGCGACGGCGUUUACCUUACCUCCGCCGGGCAAGUGCUCGUCGGCUCCUGGACGGAAAAUAAGCGGGUUGGGGUGUUCCAAUGCUUGGAAGCAACUGGGGUUGCGUUUGAAGAAAAGUACAACGAGAGCGGGAAGAAGAUCGCGAGGAAAAAGAUUAUUAUAGCUCGUGCACAGGAGCCCGCAGCGGCAUCUGCAUCGCUUUCGUCGGCUUCCGAAGGGAACGAAAAAGAGAUUGAAAAUGCAACUACAAACGGCGCCACUGACCUCCCGGAAACUACAGCUACCCCCAGCACCACGACCAGCCAAGCGGAGACCUGCAGCAAAUGCGGCUUUCUGUUCCACGCUGCGUACAACCACUCGCUCGCCUGCAGAACCCACGUUGCGAACUUCGUACAGGAUGAUAAGUCCGCGGAUCCAAACAAGGGUAUUUGGACCUGUUGCGGGGCCCGGGAGUGGGCUGAUCUGGGAUGCAACUUUGGGAUGCAUAGAAGCUGUUCAGCUUGAAGUCGUGAAGAUGAGCUUCAUUCUACUGCUCGAGUGUGAAGAUCUGAAUCCUUUUUCUCUGAAAUGGUUUGCGCCAGCGCACAUGGGUGUGCAUGUCUGUGCUCCGGGAUUGAAAUCAAUGAACGAAGCUUACCUAAACAAAAUCUAACGUCAAGGUGCGGGACCUAUGUUUCGACUUUCUCCUUUACCUGUUUCAAAAAUGGAACGCUGGCACGAAUUAUAUUGAGUCGCAUUUGAAGAUGCGUUGGUGG